AUGCAUUGGGCCUGUAAGCGGGGCGAUGAAAAUUUGGUGAAAUUGCUAGGAGGAGUCGCUAGGCAUGUUGUCAACGAACGUUCGAACGGGGGAUACACGCCGCUACACAUUGCUAUGCAAUUUCGACACGAGCAUGUUUACCGGCUACUAGUCGAAGUAUAUGAUGCAGAUCCCAACAUACGGGAUUGGUCUGGAAGGAAACCAAGGCAAUAUUUAGUCCAUAUGGAUACGUCAUUAUCGCCCGGCUCAUACAGAAAGCACGACUCAUUUAAUUUGUGUCGUACAGUGACGGCACCGCCUACAGCAAAAGUGAUAAACGCAUAUAAUCCGCCUUUGAGUAAGAGAGACAAACGAUAUAGCCUCCAGGAAAAGGAGGGCUUCCUUCGUAUCGGUUCGCUCAACGUUCGCGUUAAAAAAACAACGGAGGCCUUCAGUAAUUUCCUCGGUGUUGGUGCGACGAGGUCGUCCGCGUACAUGCCGAAAUCGGCUCGGGAACGCGACGAAAGACGCUCCGACGACGGCGAACUUCACAAGACCUGGGGCUCUGCUGAUAAUAUACAGAAGGAUGACAAGUUAAUGCCCCCGCCAAUGAGUAGUAAAGUACGACGCAGGGGAGCCACGGGACGUCGCGGCGUAGGAGCUGCCCACAGUCGCAGCACUCCUUCCACGCCCGAUCAGCCUCGAGCUCAGAUGGGCGUCCCGGAAGAGAGAGAUUCCGAUUCUGAUUCCGCAGCGGGAUUCCAUUCAGCAUGGCGACAGCAACGUGCUUCAAACUGUACAUAGUCAGCCGCGAACAUUUUAAUGAAAAACUAGUUUAGCAUCGUUUAGACUUAAAAAAGAUAUCUAUACUAAUAUAUAAAUCUACAGUGGUUUUUUAC